UUUGUACUCGAGCGCUUGGCAUCCAGCGUGCAGGGACCUUGUGCAAGCGUUUGAAUCACUCAGUCUACUUUGUGUUUUGCAACAGCCCCAAAACGCUGCAGGGCGCCAGAAUCUGUGUCAAUGGAAAAGCCUGUCAGGCAGAAAAUCUGUUUAUUAGGUUACAGCCAGCAGAGUGAGUUUUAAAUUGGUGAGAAGAAGCACGGCGAGCAGUGCACAAGGAAGAACGCCACCACAUCCUCAGACAGGCUAAGAACUGACUGGAACAUGUCGAACAGAUCUCAGUCCUCCUUCACUCCUCUGACCAACGUCACCAACCCUGAAGAUGACAGCAUCGUCAGCAACGACUUAUCCACAACAAUGGGUGCUCUCAUCCUCAGCCUGGUCUUCCUUCUGGGUGUCCCGGGCAACUUCUUCAUUGUCUGGAGCAUCCUGGCACGUACCCGACGCCGCUCGGUCACCACCCUCCUCAUCCUCAACCUGGCAUGGGCCGAUGGCUUCCUCAUGGUGCUCACCAUCUUCUUCAUUGUCUACCUGGCCAAGCAGUCCUGGGUGUUUGGGAAGCCCAUGUGCAAAGCCUUGUUUUACCUGUGCAAUGCCAACAUGUACGCGUCCAUCUUCCUCAUCACGCUGAUGAGCCUGCACAGAAUGGUGGCCAUGGUGCUGUCGAGAAGGCUGUCCUCCAAGGUCAACAGGAAGGUCAUGAUCAGGGUGCUUGUCGGCAUGUGGGUGUUGGUGAUGCUCUUUGCCAUCCCCUCUGCAGUGUUUCGAGAUGUAGAGAAGGAUAAAGAUGAAAGAAAUACAACAAGACUGGUAUGCAAGCCCCGGCACAGUUUGCCGCAGCACGUGAGGUUCCAGUACGCCUUUGAGACGGUGGUGGGCUUCAUACUCCCUUAUGCAGUCAUCAUAACCAGCUACGUCCUCAUCCUGAAACGCCUCAAGCAGACCAGGUUCCAGCGUAAGGUCCGCAGUGAGAAUCUCAUCCUGGCCAUUGUGGUGACCUUUGGCCUCCUGUGGUUGCCCUACCACGUUAUCAACAUGAUACAGGUGGCAGCCGAGUGGUACAAAGAUGGUUCCCCCACAAAAACAGUCUUGAACCGUAUCUGGCGGUCGAGUCGCGCCGUGACCUCCGCUCUGGCCUUCAUCAGCAGCUGUGCCAACCCCAUCCUCUACACCUUCGCUGGCAAGUCCUACAUGAAGAAGAGCGGUGUGGCCUUCAUGGCGCGGCUCUUUGAGGGAGCUUCGGUGGACCCCACAGGGAAGAACCGCAAAGACAACACAGCGCUCAGAGACGGCAACUCCUCAACUAGCAGUGGACCAUCAACAGUACAAAACGGGAACAGAAUCGUCAACGCUAUCUGAGCAUCGAUACACUGUACACUGUGUCAGUACAUGGUGAGGAUAAGUGUUUUUAAAGCAACUGAAUUUGAGACCAAAUGAAUGAAAGAGUUUUGUGAAUGUGCUGAAAGCCGCGUGUGGUCCUCAGUAUGGACACAAGAAAUGAUACUCUGAACUUGACGCGUAAAUAAUGAAUGGAACUAAAGCCAAGUGGCGCAUUAGUUUGAUUUAAAAGUUUGAAAAUGACUAAGCACAUUUCUUCAACAUUUCCUUGGUCAUUAUUGAGUUUUCCAUCCAUCUGUGCUUUUUGUAAAAUAUCCAGUUUUAUGGUUCCAUGAAAUUAUGAUCACUGUUGAAUUGAGGCUCAGUCACAAUUCAACACGCUUCAUGAUACGGUGAAGCCUGUGUAGUGCACACGCACAAGUUGUUCCGACAUAAUUCACCAAGUCAGAGGUUGUUCAUAAGUAAAUGUCAGCCAGUUACAAUUACAUUGGGCUUCCUGCCUUGCGCAGUGAUGAGCCAAACCACUGUAUAUUAAACCUGUUCACCAGUGAAUGUCCACUACUUCUGCAUGUAAACCUGUUCACACCCCAAUGUCCUCUACACUACUGCCUUGCAUGUUUAUGAACCAAGACGUAUAUCUGUGUUCCUGGCAGUUCCCCUGCCGUGCGAUGGUCUGUUGAUUAUCACACAGAUUUAUCAGCUGUAUAUGCAAAAUUUUAAUCACUCACUGCAUUGUGCUCUGCGCAGACCAGCUGUCUGCAGAUUUGGCCAGCUUGGUCUUUUGUGUACCACUGCUGAGCUCCCUGCAGGGUACAAGCCUGGCUGAAUAAAGUGCUUUUAACUUUUCCAUGAAAUAAAGGCCACGCCCUGCAUGUUCAGAUGCAAGAGCAGUCUCUUAAUUGCUUCCGAUUCAGUUUGUACACCUGCAUUUGUGGCAUUUACAGGAACAACUUUCAUAAUAAUUAGAUACCUUUAAAACCAGUUACUCUGUAGAAAGUGACUUUUAACAUGCAAAAGGGGAAACUGGUCAUUUUUAUAAGUCAUCGCUCACAAUCACUUAUUAAACCUGGAACAUGUAUCGCGAUAUGAAUCGCAUCGUGUGUAUUGUAACGUAUGACAAGUGACUUGCAUGAAUAAAACCAGUGUUACUAGCAGUUGAACCACAACUGAGUGUUUAAAGACUGUAAAUACUUUCCGUAGACUGAGAAAGUCUCAAUUCCUUUUCUUAUGAAAUUAUCCUUAGAUUAAUAACUUGAACAAAACAUUGUAUCUGACUGAAAAUUUGUGAUGCACUGAACCAGUUUCAAAUGAGUUACUGUUAUUCAAUCGUUACUGC